AUGGCGGGCACCGAAGUAAAGAAGAUCGAAAUGGUGGAAGCGCUUCUUGACUGGUGCAUAAAGCGCAAAGCUGCUCUCGAGGCUCAGUGGAGCGCCAGGAUCUGGACUCACGCCCUGUCCGGGUUUGACACCCCUCAAGCGACUGAGAUUCUUCAACAAGCGAUCGUGAAGAACAACACGGCGCUUCAGGAGCAGCGCGACGCUGAGAAGAGGCUUCGAGAUCUGAAUGUUAAAUCGCCUGAUAUAUGA